CUUAUUAAAAUUAUUUAUUAAAUAAGUUUAAAAUAGAAAAUUUGUGUUCAUGAAAAAUCGAAUUGAACUGAAAAGCUCAUCAGAUAUAACUCAUUUUAGCAUCUCUACCAAAGAGUCGACUCUAGAUUGGAGUUGCGAUGGUAUUCUUCUUUGAUGUGGAAAUACUUCUAAUCAUAUUUUCAAUUGUGUUUCCAGAAACAAGCAAAUUCAACACAAUAAAUGGAACAUGUAAAAAUAGAAUAGAACAAACGUACCAAAAAUCACUUCCUUUCUGAAAGGGAAAUUAAGGCAAUCAAUAACAUGUAUAUUAUCCUAAAGUUCAAAUAUACUAUAGCACAUCAAACAUAAUAAAAUUUAGUUUAUAUUUUCCAUGGAAUUAUUGAGUUAGCCGACAUAAAGAUAGUGGACGAUAUAAAACAUAUUCUUAUCCUAAAUAAUAUAAGUGUUAUGUUAACUAGUAAACAAUAAUUUCUUCAUAACCAACAAUAAACGGCAUGAAAAGAACCGGAGUACAUUACUGUAUAAACCGACUCAUCGAACAGGUGCAGAUACAUAGACAUUGAACACCCGAACAGUACACAAAACUCCAAAAGAAAAAGAAGAAAAAAUGGCUUCAACCUCAACACUUCUAAUGAAAACAAUCUUCAUCUUACUUAUCUUUGUCUCUUUUACAAUCUCUCCGGCAACUUCAACGGCGCCGGAACACUGCGGAAGCGAGUCAGCUAACUCGUGCAUCAACAAGGCUAAAGCUUUACCUCUCAAAAUAGUAGCAAUUGCCACAAUCCUAGUAGCAAGCAUGAUUGGUGUUGGAGCUCCUCUCUUUAGCAGUAACGUGCCGUUCCUUCAGCCCGACGGGAACAUUUUCAUUAUCGUUAAGUGUUUUGCCUCAGGGAUUAUCCUAGGAACCGGUUUUAUGCACGUUUUGCCUGAUUCUUUUGAGAUGUUGUCAUCACAAUGUCUUGAAGAGAACCCGUGGCACAAAUUUCCAUUCUCCGGGUUUCUCGCUAUGUUGUCCAGUCUAAUCACUUUAUUCAUUGAUUCCAUGGCUACGAGCAUCUAUGCUAGCAAUAACGCAGAUGGGGUCGUACCGUAUGGUCCUGUAAAUGGUGUUACCUUACCAACAAAAGUUGACGAUUCUGCACAACUCUUGCGAUAUCGAGUCAUUGCUAUGGUAUUGGAACUUGGAAUCAUAGUUCAUUCUGUGGUCAUUGGACUAUCUCUAGGAGCAACAAAUGACAUUUGCACCAUAAAAUCACUCAUCACAGCUCUUUGCUUCCAUCAAAUGUUCGAAGGCAUAGGUCUUGGUGGUUGCAUUCUCCAGGCCGAGUAUACGAAGUUGAGUAAGUUUCUUAUGGCGUUCUUUUUUGCGAUAACAACUCCAUUCGGAAUAGCGUUAGGGAUCGCUCUCUCGACAAUUUACAGAAACAAUAGCCACAGUGCAUUAAUCACUGUUGGAUUGCUCAAUGCAUGCUCGUCGGGAUUGCUCAUCUACAUGGCGCUUGUGGACCUUCUAGCGGCCGAUUUCAUGGGACCAAAGCUUCAAGGUAGCGUCAAAAUGCAGAUCAAGUGUUUCGUAGCGGCUCUGCUAGGGUGUGGUGGCAUGUCGAUCAUCGCCAAAUGGGCUUAACCAAUUCCCUGGAGAGUACUGCGGAACUGAAAUGGGAAAUUUUGUUGUCGAACUAAAAACCGUUUUUGGUUUAAAUAUCGAUUCUUUAUCGUUUCUUCCAUUACAAAAUACAUGGUACCUAUCAUGUGUAAUGUCUUUUAAGAAGUAAUAGAUUUUGACCCGCACUUUCAAAAUGUGGGGU